AUGAUUACUAGCAUUAACACCUAGCAACAACUUUAAAGUCCUUAAAAUAUUAUUGAUUUACAAACUAAAUUUCCAAGAUAUGAGGAGAGAGUGCCAACAUAUUAAAAGAAAACAUACACAUCAAUAAUUCAUUAAAAAGAUGCUGAUUAGUCUCAAAAUUAAAAAAGAGAAUUAACCGAAGUAAAUGCAAAAAUAAAUCAUUAGCAUCUUAUGAACGGAGAAAAAUUGACCCAAAGCAUUUACAACUUUUCAAUCCGAUUCUAUAAAAUCGACAAAAUUGAGGUUCGUACGGGUCUCUCACCAUUGAACCAAAUUAAAAGUAUUGAAUAAUAAGGCGUUUAGACAAACAAACAGCUAAAGAUGGUAAAAGAUCUAAGUAUUGAGCAGCAAGAGGAACUUAAGAGAAGAAACUGGGAGAACCCAUCAGAUGUAAACAAGACUACUGCAUAGAAAAGACUGCUGAGAAUUAAGAGGGUAACUAAUCCUAGCAACCCCAAAUAUAUGUUUGCUAGAGAUAAUGGAGAAUAAUUUGUUUUCAUGAGCACUUAGUAGAUGAGGAGGGAUCUAUUAACCACUAGUGAAAAAAUAAUAGAAGCUUCAGAAAAUCUUAUAGAAAAUAAUCUAAUAAGAGGUUUUGUUAAGUAAAGAGAUAGAGAUGGCAAUGGUGUUAGAGAAAAUUAAGAUUCCAACUAAGAUUCCGUUCCAAUAUAAAAUAAGAAUUCCACUUAAAAGGAAGUUAGAGAGUGGAGAGAAUUCAGAGAAAGUUUAGACAAUUGA